UCUGUUAGUGAAGGGCAUAUCUCGUGACUAUUACCAGAUUGCAGUCAGUUUGUGUUGAUUUGGGCCAUAUCAUAAAUAAAGCAGAACAACAGUGAUACUGGGUGCAGAUAGGAUCAGUUUGUGUGCGUGUGCCAUGUUAUAAGCAAGGAUAAAGUAUGGCGAUGAAUCAUUUGUGGACAUUGAGAGGCAUUGUCACUGUGAAGGAAGCGAUUGGUAUAGUUGGUCGAAGAACAUUUGCUGCUGCGGGUGGUAAAGCAAAGAAGGGUUCUCAAGGUGGAGCAGCUGGUGAUGCAGCAAAAGCAUCAAUACUAAGCAAAGAAGUCAAAUCUACGACUGUGGUUGGCGCGAAUAUCCUCAAGGAUGGAGCAGAUCCCAAGGUCCUACCGGACUCUGAAUAUCCUGACUGGUUGUGGCACCUGGUUGAUAAAAAGCCAGCUUUGAGUGAGCUAAGGAGAAAGAACAUCGAAACUCUUCCAUAUGAAGACCUGAAACGUUUUGUUAAACUAGACAACCGAGCGAGGAUCAAGGAGAACAAUUCUCUCAAGGCCAAGAACUAGUGAAAGAGCUAUCGAGUCAUCAUUCACAUUCAUGCUACAGAAAUUAUGAGGCACCUCAGUGUACAAGAUUUCACCUUGGGGUCAAUGAGCAUGUGUGAAGAGGAGAAGACAAACACAAGAUGAGAUAAAGAACAAGAGUUAGAUUAUUUCCUUUUGAUCUUGGUACAUUCCUUUCCUUUUACUUCUCUCCUGCGAAUGGUGGUCUUUCUAGGUUUGGAAUGCCACAAAUCUCAUUAUGUGUCUCAGUUCAGUAUCAGCGCUAACCAGUUCACAUGCCUUGUUGAGGAAUACUUCUCCCUAGCGAGGCUAUUAUUAUCUGCUGUUCUUCAUGGGACAUAUGUUUAUUGCUUUUGGGGGAUAAUGAUUUCAGUCAACAAAUCUGAAAUAUUUAUUCCAGGGAGAAUGCUUUUAACCUUGGUAAAUGCCAAUGCUAGUACCUAAACUCCAGGAUUAUCUCUGUUGUUUCCCCCUUUAAGAUAGAUGGUAACCUUAUUAUGGACUUGUUAUGCAACAUAUACCAAAUAAUUACUUAAAGUAUUUUGGCAUGUUUUCAUGCCUUCUGGUA